AUGGUGGCGGCUCUGCCGGUCGAGAUCGUCGACCUCAUCCUUCGCCAAUCCCUUCACAACGAUCAGCAUUAUCCUGCACGCACCUCGUACCUCUCUAAACCCCUUCGCAAAUCUGAAUCGCCUAUUGACGUUCAGCAAGCUGCUACUGUCAGCGCGCUAUCGCGGCGCUACCGAGACGUCUUCCAGCCGCACCUGUAUCGCCAUGUUACCCUCUCCACCGCUCGUGCACUCCAGCGAUUCGCACACACCAUCGCCUCCCGCCCAGAGCUGGGGACAAACGUCCGAUCGCUCUUGAUCCUGUGUGCAGACGAUGCUGAACCCAGUCGCACCAGCACCAGCGGCAGGGAAACUCAGACGGUAGCGGACGAGAUUUUGUCAGCGUGCACUGGAGCGACCCACCUGCUGCUAUCGUGUGACCAGUUCGGGGAGCUUUCAAGGGGGCUCUACAAGCUGUGUCGCCCGACCGACUUGACUCUGGUCAAUGUGACACAGGUGGAUGACUUGUUGGGUCUCAUCACACGCCAUCGCGAUCUCACCGCGGUUACGCUGCAGAACGAUCCUCGCAUCCGCGCCAUCCUAGCCUCCUCCUCUUCCACUUCCAUCACCGCAGCAAGUCAGCUCCUCGACGCUUCCUCGUCGUCAGCGUCGGUACUGACGACAGAGCAGGCAGCGCUCGCACCGCGCGCCGAGCAGCACUCGCUCACGCAUCUACACCUCGUCCACUUUGACGCACGCCUGCUGCACCGCCUCGUGACGCUGUCUUCGCUCACGCAUGUUGUGCUCACACAUCCGCACGUACCGGAGCGCCGCCCGGGUGCGCCUGGGCUCGCGGUGGUGCCACGAUCGCACCUCAUGCUGCUGCUCGCUUCGGGCAAUGUUGCGCGCGUCGUCGUUCGCGCUGACCUCCCGACAUGCAUCAGGAUCAUGGACGAGAUCGCACCCAUAGAUGAUCGCAAGCUUGUCUUUCGUCCGAUACGAUCCGAGGGAGAUGGUCUGGCAUGGCAGCAGCAGCUGCAGCGCAUGCAGGGGAGAGAAGAGAGUGUUGCGCGGCUAGGGAGCGAGAUCAGUGCGCUGUACGAUUCCAUGGCGACGAGCGAGGUGGAUCUGCUCGCCGAGUUUCAUGCCAGACUAGUGCGACCGGCGAGGGGGACGGCGUCGCCAGCGUCGUCGGCGGAAGAACCGGAUACCAGCCGCGGCUCGUCCGGGCGCACGGGUCGGUCGUCGGACAGCUCGGGGCCAGGUACCAGCACCAGCGGCAGCGGUAGCGGCAGUGGCUCGACUGGCUCGGGCGAGGACGAUCUCGCAGAACCACCCGGGCAUUCGCGCCAGCAGCAGCAGCAGCAGCACGACGAUCCAUCCACUGAUGACGAAUCUUACGGGUCGCAACACUCCGACAACCCACCCCCACCAAUACCCACCACCAGCGCCACCGGCGCUACCACUGCGCCACCGCUCAACAUCCCCAUCGAAGAGCUGCUCCGAUCGGAACGCUUCACACCCGCGGGGCUCCCCGGUCCGCGCCCCGCCGCCUCGUCGCACACCAGCAGCGGCACGGGGCAGACCAGCAGCGCCUCGCAUCGUACAAACCCCGCCAGACGCAGAGGCUUUACCUCCAGGACAAGAACAACACUAACGACUACAGCGUUUGCGCUGCGCAAGACGGAUCUCAGAGGCGCAACGCAGCGCAACAUCGAUGUGUGUACCGCGCUGUACGAUGCGCUGCUUGCUGAGGCUGCUGCUGCUGGUGGCAGUGGUGGUGGUGGCGCUGCUGCUGCGCACACGCAGAUGGGCGUCUGGUGA